AUGCGGCGACGCGUAGGUGCCUCGUCCGCAUUGGGAUGGCGAGCGCGCGUGACGCCGGCCGACCACCCCGUGUGCCAGUACGAGUUCGAUGUACUCCUGGGCGCUGACGGCAAAAGGAACACCUUGAGCGGCUUCAAGAGGAAGGAGUUUCGUGGAAAGCUCGCCAUGGCCAUCACAGCCAACUUCAUCAACCGGCAUUCGGAGCAGGAGGCCUCGGUGCCAGAGAUAAGCGGCGUGGCGUUCAUUUUCAACCAGAAGUUCUUCAAGGAGCUGUACGAGGUGACGGGCAUCGACCUGGAGAACAUCGUCUACUACAAAGACGACACACACUACUUCGUCAUGACCGCUAAGAAGCACAGCCUGCUUGACAAAGGGGUGCUACUAAACGAUUUCGCCGAAGUCUCCCGCUUACUGAGCGUGGAGAACGUAGACCGCGGCGCUCUCAUGCGGUACGCACAGGAAGCCGCUCGGUUCUCUACCGACGGCCGCCUGCCGCUCAGAGACUUCGCCCUCAACCACUACGGGGAACCAGACGUGGCACUGUUCGACUUCACGUCGAUGUAUGCCGCGGAGAACGCUAGCAUGGUAAGUGCACGCCCUUUAAUAGGCAAACAGCCUAGUUAAGGUCGCGGAAAGCUU